UGCACAUCUCUCCUCCCUCGCUCGCUUCUCUCACGUAACCUGGAACUAAAACCACAAUGACGUGAAAAUAAAAUAAUCCGAUUUUACUGGAAAAAAAGAUGAGGAAAUCCGUAAUUUCAAUUUUUAGUUCAGUUUUCGCGUGAAGAUGGAAAAAUUGAAAGCACAGAAUCCGAAGCUCGUGCGGUUGAGUUAGAAAGGGUUGACAGAAUUGCGAGCAGGUCGGAGGCCGGGAGGCCGAUUGUGAGCGCCAGGUGUCGGAUCCACACUUCUCGGUCGUAGCGCCAACGCGAGUGACCUGGAUGAGAAAUGGAAAGUAGGCCGCGACCGGCGUUUGGUUUUGGCAGUGACGAAGAAAAAAACCCGCAGUGACUGCGAGGAACGGAGGGAUGCUAAGAAAUAAUCGCAAUCAAACCAAAACGCGGAAGAAAACGAGAACUGUUGUUUUAAUAUAAAUGAAUAUGAUCGCUAAUUUCCGUGGAAGUUGAGUAGCAAGCAGUUGGCUUACUUGAUUUCGCUAAGAUAUUAACCUUAACAUGGAAACGAUUAGCCACAUAAUGUUAGCUAGCAACAAUUCUGAAAACAGUUUAAACCAAAUAAUGCACUGAUAUGUGUAACAUUCAGUUGUAUAUUUAAAUACGCGUAAUUUAUGUAAUAAACAAUUUGGGAUUACUGUUGGUGUUUAUCGCAAUACAUUUUCACUGACAAAUUACUGGACUUAACUAGCCAGCUAACUAUUAUUUCUAGCCAGCUGCUAACAUUGGCGAAACUCAGCUACCACUAGGUGGGUUUGCCGACAGGGAACCAAGAAAGAUACACCGGCGGAGCAUCAAUUUCCUAGGCGUUUAUUAAUAUUUUAAAUAUCUGAUAUUAAAAAUGUGAUAUGUUUGAAGGCUGCUAAUCCAAAAAGGUGCUUUGUUUGUGUUGACACCCCCUUGGUAGUCAAACAGAUACUGUAGCUAACCAGUUAACAGUUAAUACAGCUGACGGAAGAGUGGAGGGCUGCAACAUUAUAGCUAGCUGUGAGCUACCUAACGGCAGUACGCAAUGGCUCAAGAAGAAUUUCCUUUACAUUACCUUGUGUGGAGCAACCAAUACCUAGAGCUAGACAGAGAACUACAUAAAAAACAGCAAGAUGUGGAGCGGCUGGACCCGCGAGGACGUACCCCGCUAGAGCUGGCCGUGUGCUUGGGCCACCUGGAAUCCACGCGCGUGCUGCUCAGGCACUUUGCAGACCCCACGCACAGUAACUCCCAGGGUUGGACAGUGUUGCAGGAGGCGGUGAGCACUGGGGACCCAGAGCUGGUGCAGCUGGUGCUUCAGUACAGGGAUUAUAAGAGGGCAACAGAGAGGUUGGCUGGCAUCCCAGAGCUGCUCAGCAAACUGCGACAGGCACGUGAUUUCUAUGUGGAGAUGAAAUGGGAGUUCACAAGCUGGGUGCCGCUGGUGUCCAAGGUAUGCCCCAGCGAUGUGUACCGGGUGUGGAAGAGUGGGUCCUGUCUCCGCGUCGACACCACCCUGCUGGGGUUUGAGCACAUGACCUGGCUCAAGGGCCGACGCAGCUACAUCUUCAAGGGUGGAGAGAGUGGGGCCGUGGUGAUGGAGGUGGACCAUGAGAAGCAAGUGGUGUACACCGAGCCUCUGUCCCUCUCGCCCCGGGAUGCCUCCUCCCUCCUGGCGGCCAUGUUACCCUCCCAGGAGAACACUGCCCAGCGCCUCACCUCCCCCAUCGUGUCCACCCACCUGAACACUCGCAACAUCGCCUUUGAGAGGAACAAAUCGGGUAUCUGGGGGUGGCGCUCAGAGAAGACUGAGGUUGUCAGCGGUUAUGAGGCCAAGGUGUACAGCGCCAGUAAUGUGGAGCUGGUGACUCGAUCCAGAACAGAGCAUCUCUCUGACCAGGACAAGUCCAGGAGCAAAGGCUCAAAGACUCCGCUGCAGUCAUUCCUGGGAAUCGCAGAGCAGCACGUCGCUCAUAAUGGGAGUCACAUAUCUCAGUGCGCUAGCCCUCACAACCCCACCGCUAUCACAGCAGAGGAGUACUUCGACCCUGAGUUCCCCCUUAACAACCGAGACAUUGGGAGACCCGUGGAGCUGACCAGCAAAGUACAAAGGUUCAAGGCGACACUCUGGCUCAGUGAGGUGCAUCCCCUGUCCCUGGCGGAGCAGGUCACGCCCAUCAUCGACCUCAUGGCCAUUUCUAAUGCUCACUUCGCCAAACUGCGUGACUUCAUCACCCUGCGACUGCCGCCUGGCUUUCCUGUCAAAAUAGAAAUACCGCUGUUCCACGUGCUCAAUGCACGAGUGACUUUCAGUAACUUGUGUGGCUGCGAUGAGCCUGUCAGUUCCGUCACAGUCUUGACACCAGAGGGCAGCACUGAGCCUGGGCAGACCCUACCUCCCCUGCAGUGUGAGGUGGACCCCUCCGUGUUUGAGCCCCCCCCUGACUACACCACCCUAGGGCCAGGCCGCAGCGAGCCAAUGAGGGAUGAAGAUGACAACCUGCUGCAGUUUGCCAUUCAGCAGAGCCUGCUGGACGCAGGCACUGAGAGCGACCAGGUGACCAUAUGGGAGGCUCUUACUAACAGUCGGCCUGUGCCCCAGACUCACCUGUAUGAAGAGGACUCUCAGCUCGAGAAGGCAAUCCAGGAAUCCCUCUCACUGUCAUUGGCUACCAGUGAGGCGGGGGGGGAGUCAGUGGGACCAACAGAGCCCGCCCAGCUGCAGCAGGUGUCCCCAUCUGAUCCAGCUGUCCACUCUCCUCCUGCUUACAGCUCAUUGGUCGAGCCCCAGGUUCCUGGACCGUUAAGCAGCAGCUUUGAUGAGCAGCUGCGUAUCGCCUUGGAGCUCUCUUGUAGGGAACAAGAGGAGAUGGACAGGAAGAGGCACGAGGAAGAGGAGGAGCUGGAGAGAAUACUGCAGCUGUCACUCACAGAGAAGUAGCUGCUCAGAAAGUGAAGUAGUGGGAAGAGUGUGUGGGUGUGGUUUUAACAGGGGAGCAAACAAGUUUAUUUAUUAUUUGUGUUUUUUCCUGAAAUGUUAAAUUAUUAUAUUUAUUAUUAGUUAUAUUAAGAGACACGUUAGAGCAGAUGGUGCAAUACAGUACUGACUGAUCUGGCACACGCUGCGCUAAGAUGGUCACUACCACACAGGCUGAGAAAGUGUGUUGUAUUUAGUGACUAUUCCACUAAAGUGAAAAACAAAUAUAAAACAUUGC